AUGUCUUUGGAAGCGCUAGUAUGGGAUGGUGAAGAAGAUGCAGAUGGUUUUUGCAAUAACACCAAUUUCUGGUCGUCGACUGUAACACCUUGAAAUUCCUCGCGCAUUGUGAAGAAUUGAGCAGACCCUAAGCUGUACUGCAUCUUGAUGUUUUGGUUUUGCUACCUCCAACAUCUCCAUAAUAUUGGUAACGCUAUUGUAGUCUUCGACACGUCACCGGUCGUGUUGGACGUAAAAAUAAAGAAAUCAAUCUUUUCACCACUUGCAUACCGCGCAGUGACGCUGGAAGAGUUGGAUCGCGAGGGCAAGCGCGACACCGAGGAAUACGCACGUAUUUUUGGCUGAUGUUGAUGGAAGAUCUUCUUCAUCUGUGCAGCACGACAUGUUUAGAAUAUCAAUCACAUCUCCAGCUCCAGCUGGUAUUGGCCGCAAACAAGUUGAAGUUGAAGCUUCUCUUUCCGCGCCCGAAUUAGGCUGUUGCACCCACCUGCUGUUGUUACUCAAUGAGAGUGAUGAAAUGGAAAAAAAGACAAAAAUUUCAGAUGCCUACGGUAAGUACAUGCGGGAUAAAGCGGCGUAUCUGGAACUGUACAAGAAUUACAUCCCUGGCGAAGCUUAUGCGAGGGUCAGGAUCGAAAUCGUCAAAGUUGAAAUAGUUUGUGAUGCAUAAAAUGCAACACAAAAGUUGCCUCUACUGCAGAGGACGCAAGGGAUGCAGAUUGUAAGCCUGUAGAGGGGUAGAAAUUGAGCUGCUAAAGUAGCAUGACAAAGGGCGUCUUUCUUACCCAAACAGCAUUACAAACUGGAUUUCAGUUCAACCCAAAUUUGGCAUGCGCCACUGGGAAGCUAGGCGCCAACUGGUAUCCGUUUCAUGCAUCACAAAUUAUUUCAACUCUGACGAUUUCGAUCCUGACACUCCCAUAAAGCUCCGUCCUCUAUGGUGCCCGGUGGCGUUGGAGGUAUUUUUAGAAAAAUACUGUGACCAAGUGAACAAGUUUUGAAUUUGCAUGCUUACGAAGCAAUCUGAAGAGCCAAGAAGUUCGAAAAUUCCGCUCGCUGGAUUUUCAAACUUCUACUAACCGUAACCCCCGAAUAACCGCAAUUUGUUAUAUCGUAAACACUACCAGGCGCCGCGGAAUGGUGGAUGAAUCUCCCGGCGAACCAAGCCUGGGCCGCUUUCGCCAGCGGCGCGGUAUCCUCUGCAAAAGUAUCGUACUUGUAUUGCAAUCAUUCAUGCAUUACAAAUCUUUUUCUUGAAAAGGUAGAUCAGUAUUACAAAUUUUAUUUCUCAUGCUGGGGAAAUUUCUUUGUAAUGCAUUUUUACGAGUGCGAUACUUUUGCACUGCAUACGCGGUGGACAAUUACAAUAAGACAACGGACCUGAGCAUGACGCCCUCCAAAGUUCCGGGCGCCGGGAACAAAAAUUUCUCUCCCGCCUUGCAAGCACAGCAAAUGGCCGCGAAAGGAGCGUAUUUACUUUCAUUGCGGUGGGUUUCUACUUGUAGUCAAGAACAAUCUCUGGAGCAGUCCGUUGUGGUAUGGAUCGCAUUCUUGCUAAUUCGAAUUCGCAGGCUCCGAAUCGAAUGAUCCCCUUCUUGACACUGGUGAUCACCGAAAAAUGAUUGCAACAUACAUAGGUAUUUUGCCGCCUUGAUGGAGCAGUGGGGCGCCACGCAGAACCCCUGGGGCGCCGCUCCUGCGACGACCGCGCACGGAGGAGGAGGAAAAGGCGUAGCCUUCCCUGGAGCUCAUCAUGCCACCAAAGGCGCCGGCGGAGCUUCGCCCACGAGCAAAGGGAACUACAAGGGACGUGGUGGAAAGGGGUCCUCGCACGGAGCUGGAGGGGCUUAUUCCGGAUCUGCUGGAAAAGGAUCAGCCGCGACUCACGGAAAUCAUGCAGCCACCCGUGGUUCUUCCGGAAACAAAGGCGGAGCUGCAUCAUCCGCCGCCGCCGCAGCAAUGCACCACUUUCCCAGUGCCGCGGCUCUCGGGGCAGCCGCCGCUGCAGCGCAAUCUGCGGCCGCAGGACAUAACGGUAGCUGUACCGCGGCGACGACCAUCGACCAACUCGCCGCAGCGGCCUCGGCGUUGGCGGCACACACGGCGGCACAGAACAACGCGAUUGGUCUGGACCAACAUGCCGCGUACAAUAAUCCGCUGAUGAACCCGGCGUAUUACGAUCCUUACAACUACUGGCAGUAUUUGGCAAGCCUGAAUCCCUACAUGGCCGCAGCCGCUUCCGCGGGACUGGGCGCAGCGGGGGCUGGUGGCGCAUACACAACUUCUAACCAGCAUCAAGGCAGCACGCAUCUUCCCGGAGGAGCCGCGGCGGCCGCAGCGUUCGCUGGCUUUAGUAACGGAGCCGGAGCAACAACCGGAGGAGCAGGUGGUGGUCAAUUGCAUCAGCAAAACCAAUAUGCAUUGCAAAAGCAUCGCGCUAGUAUAAAUUGCAUUACAAAUUGACUUAGCAUUACAGAUUGAAUUUGUAAUGCGGAUUUGCCUUGAGAAAAAAAUCUGUAAUGCACAAACGUAAUCAGUACGAGUACGAUACUUUUGCACUGCAUAACCAACAUCAGCUCGACUCCGCUGCCGCCGCCCAGCAGACUAUCAAAGUCAAAAAUGCUCCCAUCCCCGAAUUUGGGAGCAUUUGUAUUGCAAACCUUUCCAAGUGAAACACUCACCCGCUUGCAUCUAUCAGCAUCACAGAUUUCAAAUCGUGAAUAGCAAAAAUUUGUAUUGCAAAAGACCCCAGCAAGAGUGGCGCUUGUCAUGCAAGUGAUGCGCUACACGCCUAGACUCUGCACCAGAAAGAUUCAUACUUCUACUUUCAUGCAUGACAAAAAGUUUUCAUCUGGAAACUUCGCAUCACAAAUUUUUGCGACUUUGGGGUCGGGGGCAUUUGUCACUGUAAUACAGACCGCGGCUGCUUUAUUCGGGGCCGUGGCGGGCGUGCCGAAUCCGUUCAAUCAUGCCGCGACGGCGGCCGCGGCUGCGGCGAGUUUGUAUGGCGCAGCGGGGAUGAACAAGCACGAGAUGUUUGUCGACCAGCAGGACGUGUAUAGCAGUAAACACAACAAUUACAACCCAUACACGACGACCUCGACGUAUAACGCUUACACCACCGGUAAUAUGAACAGUAUGACGAGCUCGUCCCCCGCCUCUAAUCAUGCCACGACAGGCACUACUACUUUCACUACGCAGGCCGGCAAGAAGGGCGGCGGCCAGGGGCACCAGCAAUUGCACAGUCGCUCGGGCUGGCAGGAUGCGGCUUCUCGGUGGGGCGAUGAGACCUGGAAUAGUUGCACCAGUGCCGCAAAAAAUACCGCCGCAACCACAGGAACUUCAUCUGCGACGGGCGGAAAAUGGUCUUCAGCGUCCGCGAAUGUUAAAGGUACGACUACUGCAGCGGAAAACAAAUCGUCUACUGCUGUUGGUGGGAAUAAGGGGCAGCACAACAAGGAAAGCAAUUCCACGACGGCGACGACGACCUCAACAUCUCAACAGCAAACUACCGCGAAAGGCGGCGCCACGCCGAAGGGCGCUGGUGGUGUGAGUAGCACUACAAGUAGCGGAGGUCAUGGAACUACAACUGCAGCUGGAGCUGCUUCGUCGAAUUGGAAUAAGGGUGCAAACUCCACCGCCACUGCUGCAACUACUCCUGCGGGGGACAAAAACGUUCCCGCGUGGGCCCAGUAUCUGGCAUACCACCACUACUUGAGUGGGCAUACUUCGACGAACAACACAGCUGGUGGUGGAAAGCCGUAUAAUAGCUCGAAGGAUCAUUACAACAAUGCCGGUUCUUCUUUGAAGGAUCACCAUCACAGCAGCUACGGGUCGUCCGCAAAUAAAGCCAGCAAGCACGCGGACAAGGGCUUUGGGGGGAAGGACAAAGACGGCAAGGGCUUCGGGAAAAAGGGGACGAAACAUAUGGGGUUCUCAAAUGUUACAUUUUCAACUGUUACAUGAAUUUGGCAUGCAAAAACACCAUCAUCAUCCUCACGAUCAAGCUGCUCCGCAUGACAAAUUUGCGAAGGGCUAAGCCGCGCCUAAAUCUGCGCCAGCCUUGUAAUGCAAAAGGCGCAAUCUUCCUCCUUUCACUUUUGCCAGUCUUGCAUUACAAAUUCAUGCAACAGUUGAGAAUGUAUCAUUUGAGAACUCCAUAAAACAGCAGCUGUACUUUGACGCCUUCAAGACGCUGCAGCAGUGGUUUAACAUAUCCUGUGCAAAAGCAUCGUGCAUUGCAAUCAUGCAUUUACAAAUUGUUCUCUUAAGGUAAGUCCGCAUUACAAAUUUUAUUUCUCAUGCUAAGAAAAUUUGUAAUGCAUUUAUACAAGUACGAAGGAAUGCGAUACUUUUGCAAUUCAUAUAACAUGCACGGGACCACGACGAAUAAGGCGGGGAAGAAGGGAAACAGUUCCUCAUGGAACAACGCACACUCCGGGAAAGGAGGACACAACUCGCAGUACCAUGGGAAAGGUAGAAUAAAUAAUCUAUUUCAUGAGUCUAUCUCAAUCUGUAUCGGCGGUAGAUCAUGUGGUUCUUUGUGCACAAAAAGUCCAACUGCAACUUCGUCCAACGCACCACAGGCUCCUGGCACAAGAGCAGCUCGAAGGACCAGUACAGUAGUUCUUGGACAUCCCGCAAAGAUUCCUCGCACCGGAAUACAUGGUCAUCGUCCGACGAUACAACUCAGAACAAUGCGACAUCAGCGACUACCACUACGAAUAACACCUCCUCCGCAGGAGCGACCUCUACGAACAAAACCGACACAAACACUAUCGGGAGCGGACAAACCACAACCAUCACUACAUCUGCCGUGAACAGCGACGGCAAGACCGGCGAGCUGCAAACCUCGUCUACCACAAAUGAUGAUGAACUUCCUUCUGGUGCAGUCGUGUCGCAGCCCACUCCGGAGCAGUUGCAGCGCCAGCAGGAGCUACAGGAGGCGUUGGAUGAGGAGGUGAAAAAGUUGAAGAGCGGCAAUCUAGAUGACCGGGAAGAGGACAUUUCUGCGGAAUGCGACUUGCAAGCGGCAGAGCAGGAUAAGUUGUCCUGUGUUGAGAAACACCAGGAAGUCGGAGGGACUGCCGGUUGUCCAGCGGGGGCAGAGGAUUCUCAGGGAAUUAGCAAAAAAUCAGAUGAAGAUGAAGAUGCUACCAACAUUGUCGCCGUACUGCCUGCCGCUUGUUCCAUUGUCGACUGCUCCACGCCGGAAAAUAAAUGUGAUAGAGCUAGCGCUUCUUCUGAUGCGGAUCAGGACGAUGCGAAGAACGACCUGUGGAACGACCCGAAUUCUUUGGAAUCCCCCACCAAUGAACCAGCCCCGGAAGAUUUUCAUUCUUCGCAAGCCGCGCUUGCGUCAGAGGAAACCGCGGCUACGGCUUUGUAG